GACAUCAUGGUGUCCGUGCGGAUUUUUAGAAUACGCCUGCUGUUCUGCUUUCUGGCUGCGUUCUUCAUCUCUGCCCUUGCUGAGGAACACGUAGGAGAGAGUCAACAUGCAAAUAUUCGCCUUGAUAAGAACUUGGUACAAGAUAAAGACCACAUCAUGGAACAUUUGGAAGGUGUUAUUGAGAAACCAGAAUCUGAGAUGUCUCCACAAGAGUUGCAGCUUCAUUACUUCAAAAUGCAUGAUUAUGAUGGCAAUAAUUUGUUAGAUGGGUUGGAACUUGCUACUGCUAUAUCACAUGUCCACAAAGAGGAAGGUGGUGAGCAUACCCAGGCAAUGAAGGAAGAAGAGUUGAUUAGUCUAAUAGAUGAUGUCUUAAGAGAUGAUGACAAGAACAAUGACGGAUACAUUGACUAUGCAGAAUUUGCAAAAUCACUGGAAUAAGGUUUUGCAGGGGGCUUGUUUCUCCUUCUAACUACAUGGAAAUGUGAACCAGUAUAAUGUGAUUCAUUACUGUCUCAUAUCAACUUUUGUGCUGUGAGAAGGAGAGGUGUACCAGUGCCAGCUGAAUUUAUUUGAAAGUUCUGUAUGUUAAGAGACCGGCUAACUGAGCGAGAGCCAUGUUUGACUAAACAUAGCUAUCCAUUUGAAUCUUGAAGCAUGGAAGCAUCAACAGUACUCACAUGGAGUACAGCUGGCAAACUCUUAAGUAGCCGUGUAUGAAUACUAAAUACAUCGUAUACAAUCUACAUUUCAGGUUUUCUGUCAUUGGGUUAUAUAGUACUUGGUUGCCUACAUCUUCUAUUUAAGCUUAUAAAAUGCCUAGAAAGCAAGAAAAGAUUACUGCAUAUAGUUGUAUUUCAAGGAUAAAUAUCCUUACCUUCCCACUAAUUUCAAAGGAAAUAUGCAUAUAGGUACAGGUGCUUGAAACAGCAAUUGUAGAGGAAAAGCAGUUGA